CUCUGCUGCGUUUAUGUCUUCACGACGUUUUACGACAGUGCCGUGCGCCAAUCCGCCGUCGUUACCGAGUGAAGUGCGUCUCUUUGGAGCAGAUACCGGCUGAGAGAAACGCAGCAGCGAAAGAAAGGAAAACAUUUAGGGCUGGACUAUCUUCGAGCACCGUGCACCCUCUCCGGUACAAACAAUCUGACCGAACACUGGAUGUGGAAGCUGGGCUGAAAGAAGAAAGGGCCACGCUGGGGAAGGCGACUAGCUGAAUAUCCAAAACCGAGCUCGUCGGGGAAGCCCAGGUACCUCCCAAGCGACGGUUUUUAAAAGGCAGGAGCGGAGACAUCUAACCAAACAGAGGGGAAAAUGGACUAUGAUUUUAAAGUGAAGCUGACCGGCGAAAGAGAGCGAGUGGAGGACCUGUUUGAGUACGAGGGAUGCAAAGUGGGAAGAGGCACCUACGGUCAUGUGUACAAGGCGAAAAGAAAAGAUGGGAAGGAUGAUAAGGACUACGCCCUCAAGCAGAUUGAAGGCACUGGCAUCUCCAUGUCGGCCUGCAGAGAGAUUGCACUGCUGAGGGAGCUGAAGCACCCCAAUGUCAUCUCCCUGCAGAAGGUUUUCCUGUCACAUGCAGACCGUAAAGUAUGGCUGCUCUUUGACUACGCCGAGCACGAUCUCUGGCACAUUAUUAAGUUCCACAGAGCCUCCAAGGCCAACAAGAAGCCACUUCAGCUGCCCAGAGGAAUGGUCAAGUCUCUGCUCUACCAGAUCCUGGAUGGCAUCCAUUACCUCCACGCCAACUGGGUCCUCCACAGAGACCUUAAACCAGCAAACAUUUUAGUGAUGGGGGAAGGGCCGGAGAGGGGGAGAGUAAAGAUUGCUGACAUGGGGUUUGCCCGACUCUUCAAUUCACCGCUGAAGCCUUUAGCCGAUCUCGACCCUGUGGUGGUCACUUUCUGGUACAGAGCACCUGAACUACUGCUGGGAGCUCGGCACUACACCAAAGCCAUCGACAUUUGGGCGAUUGGCUGCAUCUUUGCAGAGCUGCUGACAUCUGAGCCAAUAUUCCACUGUCGCCAGGAAGAUAUUAAGACCAGUAACCCUUACCACCACGACCAACUGGACCGCAUCUUCAAUGUCAUGGGCUUCCCUGCUGAUAAAGACUGGGAGGACAUCAAAAAGAUGCCAGAGCACUCCACGCUGAUGAAAGACUUUAGAAGGAACACAUACACAAACUGCAGCCUUAUAAAGUACAUGGAAAAACACAAAGUCAAACCAGACAGCAAAGCAUUCCACUUGCUGCAGAAGCUGCUGACCAUGGACCCUAUCCGAAGAAUCACAUCCGAGCAGGCCAUGCAGGACCCUUACUUUUUGGAGGAGCCUCUGCCUACCUCUGAUGUGUUCGCAGGCUGCCAGAUUCCCUAUCCAAAGAGGGAGUUCCUAACAGAGGAGGAACCAGAGGACAAGGCAGACAAAAAAAACCAGCAACAGCAACAGGGAAACAACCACACAAACGGGGCGGGGCACACUGGUAACCCUGACAACAGCCAUGCUCAGGGUCCGCCUUUGAAGAAAGUGCGAGUUGUCCCGCCCACCACUACCUCAGGUGGCCUCAUCAUGACCUCAGACUACCAGCGCUCCAAUCCACAUGCUGCCUACCAGAACCCUGGACCAAGCACAUCACUGCCCCAAAGCAGCAUGGGAUACUCCUCUACCUCCCAACAGCCGCCUCAGUACUCCCACCAGACCCACCGCUACUGAGAACCCCUCCCACACAUCCAUACAUUCAAACACACACACACAUACAGCCCUCACCAUGCCCACCUGGACGAAUGUACUGAGGGAUGUGGGGGUGUCCAAGGCUACAAACCCCACCCAACAGAGGGCACCUUCUCUGCAGCAGUCUUUUAGACCUGAGUGACCACACUUAGAUAACACACCGUUACCCCCAAGUGUUAGAAAACACUCUACAGAGCAAACCUGACAGGUGAAACAAAGGAGGAGGAUGGAUAUGAGGAUCGAGUCCUACUCGUGUCCGUGUUUUGAACCAGCCCAGAGAUGAUGGAUUGGUUUUUGGGGGAAACGUGUUGAUUUGUUGUCAUCUCAUCUCCUCUUCACCUCUUUCCACACCUCCACCUUCACCCCAGCCUUCCUACCGUCAAAGCUUGGAACAGACUGAAAGCUGCUAUGUGACUGCCAGCAUUGACAGAUUCCUUGUCCUCCUGUCUGUCUGUUUGUCUGUCUUUUUGUCUCUCUAUCUGUCUGUUAAUUUUGUUUGUGAGUAUGUGUGGCCCUGUGAGGGCCUCAGCUGAGGACUGAACUAAGCUGCUGUGAAGCAUGCUGGGAGGAUGCUGAGCUCCCACAGCUGUGGCGUUGAGGGUUUUAAUAAAGGACAAAAAAAGAAAGACAAAAAAGAUUUUAGUAGUUUAUAAUUUAAUCCGUUUUCAUGGGUUUUCGUUUUCAUGGCAAGAUGGGCGGAGCAGCCUGUGCUGGCUGAGCACUCAGCCACUGUGGGCAAGCCUUACAAACAUGACAACAAAACCAAUCAAUCGCAUGGAGGAUGGCAGACGGAACAUGCAUUGUACUGUAUUGUAUUGAAAUAUUUUACAUGAAGCAAGUAUCCUGACAAUAAAAGUUGAAACCCUGA